AUGGACAACGAGGCCAAUACGACAACCGAUGCCGCAAGUGAUCUCAAUCCAAACGGCUUCAUCACUAACCGCGAGCUCGGCGGCGAGCGACGUUCCAUCCGCCACUAUAAUGAUGGUCGAGUAUCCGGGCGCGGUAGGAGUGUUGAGGGUAGCCUUCGAACAAGGAUGCAGAAGAAGUACACAAGGGCCGGAGGUCGCGGCAGACCUCCCACCUCUCACCCCUGCGGCCUGAGCGGUGGAUCUACUCCAACUGUUGCGUCCGGUCCAUCUGAUAUCGCUGAUAUCACUGCUGCCAUGGCCAAGCUCAAUGUUGACCAUCCCACUAGCCUUAAGGUAAAGAAACUCGGCAAGAAGUUGAAGCUUGAUGCCGAUUCGGGGAUUGAGACUGUGGCUCUGCGAAAGGUCGCUUUUUCAUCUACGGCUAGUGUGGCUUCCUCUACGGGCAGCACUGGCAGCAGAAGUUCUGUCAAUGCUAGGAUUGCGGAGAUUGAAAGUCGAGUAAAGAAGCACAUUAAGACCCAGCUCCAUUCUAUUACAGAGGAAGAGGAAGAGGAAGAAUAA